AAGAAAUGUGCGGUUUGUUGAACUUUCUUGAUUUGAACGAAACCGAAAAUAGUAUACUAAAAACUGUAAUUUAACCAUAGCUAAUUGAAAAUUCGUAUCUAAACGAACUAGUUACAAAAAUGGUGAAGUGGAUACAACUGGUGGACUUUCAGUGCCCAGCAUGUCCUGACAAAAGAGGCGGAAAUUGGAUUUGUGCAAGCCAUGGAAACCCUGUAUAUCUGAACGAAAAUGGAGUAAUGGAAUGCUCAACUACUUGCACAGGUAAAGUGAUAAACUGGAGAUGGAACUGUGGUAGCAGCUACCAUAACGGAGAAUACCUAAAAGCAGAUUUAGAAGGAUUUACCUUUGCUUUGUCUCAAGCAGUCCAACUAAUGACGAAAGGCGGAUCAGAAUGGACAGCGAAGCUUAUCACUGAGUUAGGGAAGCAAUAUGGACAAUGAUACAACCUAGAUCCUUGAGUCAACAUCGUGCUUGAUAAAAAGAAGUUUGACAGACAUUCAUUCCAUUGCAUUUAUUCAUAAAUCUCACCUAAAUCACCAGUCAUAACUAGAUCCAGGUGAUAAGUGGCAUGAUCAUAAAUUGUGAUAUUGUAUAAAUAUAUUAAUAUUUUGAUUA